CUCGACGUGGAAGUGGAUCGAAGAGAACGCGUCGCGCUCUAAAAUUAAACUUAACCGGACUCUUUACAACAAACUUUUUUGAAACUCUGGCCGGCUAGAAAGUUUUACAAACAAUUAAAAAGUACACUGUCAAAUUGACAAACCUGAAGUUUUCAAAAUAACCUCUUUUUAUUUCGGUGUUUUUUCUCAAUAUUUCAGUGAAAAUUUCGUGUAUUUUCUGAAAUAAAUAUUUGUAGCUAUAAAAUCUUGCGAAAAUGGCGUGUACUACCUGUUUGGAUUCUGUUGGGAGGCCCAAAAAAAUGAGGAAGGAGAAGGACACGAUGGGCGAGCUGGAGGUGCCGGACGACCGGCUGUACGGCGCGCAGACGGUCCGCUCCGUCAUGAACUUCCCCAUUGGAGGCAUUGAGGAGCGUAUGCCGUACCCAGUGAUUGUGGCGUUCGGUAUCCUGAAGAAGGCUGCCGCUAAGGUCAACGUGGAGUUUGGACUUGACAAGAAAGUCUCGGAGGCCAUCCAGCAGGCGUGCGACGACGUGAUCUCGGGCAAGCUGUACCGCGAGGGGCACUUCCCGCUCGUCAUCUGGCAGACCGGCUCCGGCACGCAGUCCAACAUGAACACCAACGAGGUGAUCGCCAACCGAGCGAUCCAGAUCCUCGGCGGCAAGCUCGGCUCCAAAGACCCUGUUCACCCCAACGACCACGUGAACAAGAGCCAGAGCUCCAACGACACGUACCCGACGGCCAUGCACAUAUCUGUGGCCAUGGAGCUGCGGGACCGGCUGAUGCCGGGCCUGUGUGCCUUGAGGGACACCCUGCAGGCCAAGUCGAAGGAGUUUGACAAGAUUAUCAAGAUUGGGCGCACUCACCUAAUGGACGCGGUCCCCCUGACCCUCGGCCAAGAGUUCAGCGGCUACGCAGCACAGUUAACCUACGGCAUAGAACGCAUAGUGUCCACGUUACCUCGCCUCCACUAUCUGGCUCUGGGCGGGACGGCUGUGGGCACCGGGCUUAAUACCCGGAUAGGGUUUGCCGAGAAGUGCGCGGCGGAGAUCGCUAGUCUUACUGGCAUCCCAUUCGAAACCGCGCCCAACAAGUUCGAGAGUCUCGCCUGCCACGACGCCAUGGUGGAAGUCUCUGGGGCUCUCAACACCAUCGCGUGUUCGCUCAUGAAGAUCGGCAACGACAUCCGGCUGCUGGCGUCGGGCCCGCGCUGCGGCCUCGGCGAGCUCAUGCUGCCCGAGAACGAACCCGGGUCUUCUAUCAUGCCUGGCAAGGUGAACCCGACGCAAUGCGAAGCCCUGACCAUGAUCGCUGCUCAAGUGAUGGGCAACCAUGUGGCGUGUACUAUUGGAGGCAGCAACGGACACUUCGAGCUGAAUGUGUUCAAGCCCAUGAUCGUGGCCAACGUGCUGAGGUCUAUUAGGCUGAUUGGUGACGGCUGCCAGGCGUUCAACAAGAACUGCGCAGUCGGCAUCCAGGCCAACGAGCAGAUGAUCAACAAGAUCAUGCAGGAGUCGCUCAUGCUGGUCACCGCGCUCAACCCGCACAUCGGAUACGAUAAGGCUGCCCUGAUCGCGAAGACGGCGCACAAGGAAGGUUCCACGCUGAAGGCGACCGCCAUCAAACUGAACAUCCUGACGGCAGAACAGUUCGACCAAUACGUACGCCCCGAGGAGAUGCUUGGGCCUAAGUAAGGAGACUAGUGUGAAAUGUGGGCGACCUAAUAUGAACUGAGAAUUUAAUGUGAAAUGAAAUAGUCAUGUGAAUGUUAAUUACCUAAUUUAUUGUCUACCCAGCAUUUUGUAAAUACUGCUCAUGUAAUCAUCAUUUCUGUUCUAAGAUGAUCUUUUUAUUAAGUGUCUUUUGCAAGUAUUCUGCAAUAUUUAUGUAAUGUAAUAUUUUUAUUGUAAUAAGUUAAUGUCUAAAUAUAUGCGUAUUAAUUAAA